AUGCUCGUCGUCUUCCUCGCCGAGGGGCCUACACUUUUUAAAAACCUGAAAGACUUUCCAAAGCUUCAUGAUUUGCAAAUUCGGGACCCGUUCAAUAUUGGCAAUGCGCGUAUCGAGAGUGAGGGAACAAAUGCCGUCGAAGGCGUGGCGUCUAGCGUCGAUUCUAGCGCAAAUGAAGCAAUCCAUGAGCCAACGUCGGCUGCCAGCAGCAUUAUUCAAGCCCAGGUACACGACUUGAAGUCACAUCUGCCUCGAUACUAUUUUGUUGGCCUCUGGAGCUACUGUAAAUCCAAGGAUGGCUCGGAGAUGGUGUGCUCCCACCCCAGCACAUCUUUUUCUUUCGAUCUAUCUGCCUUGCUUGACUCUACGCCAAUAAAGGUCAUCGACAUACUUCCAGAAAUAGACCAAAGUCUGAUUUCCGGCUACCGUCAACUUUCGCUGAGUGCGAUCCGUUUGUAUAUUUCCGGGUUUGUGGCAACCACGUUGACCAUAAUCUUGGCUGGUCGCAAGUUUUUCUUUUCCAAUGGUAGCAAGUUACUUGCCAUAUUUUGCACGCUUUCAUCAACGCUCAUUACGACUGCCACAAUCUUGGUCAUGGUGCUGUAUGGUCUUUUCGCUUCCGUCGUCAAGAAUAACUUGCAGACCUAUGGUGUCCAAGUCAACUUUGGAGCAAAGAUGUUUAUCACAACGUGGUUGGCCUUGCUGUUCUCUAUUGCC